GCCAGCCUCAUUUUACUUUCUUUCCCUUUGAAAACUGACCCAUUCUUGUUGGAAUAUAAAUUGAUUGCUUUUUUGCAAUAAUAGACUGAUUUGUAGUGUUGAAGGGUUGUUAAUUGCGAUAUUAUUAUUAUUAAGGAAUGAUGAUUUUUUACUGUCCUCAUUAAUCUCCACACCUGGUUGAGGUUGGGUCAGGGGCUCACCUCACCUCUUUCUCUCUCAUGUUUCUUUUUAUUUUUUUUCCCUUGCUUUUAUUUCUCCCUUUGAUUUCCUCACCCACCAAUUCAUUUUCUUUAUUAUCAUCAUCUAACAUCAGAUUAUAAUCUCCAAACCCUCUCUUCUUUCUAUCUCUUCUUCUCCCUUCUUCUGUUAAGCGGUUUUGAUUCUAGAUCUACCGCUUCAUAUUCUAGCUUUUGACUGGCCUGGCAAAGGAAGAGAGGGUCUGGUUUUCUGUGUUUUGAAUAAUAUCCCCUUGAGCUCUGUUGAACAAAGCAGGUUGUAUCCCUAAUGCAGGGUCAAAAGAGUACAAUCGGUUCAUUUCCUGAAUCGUUAGGCUUCAAUCAUGGGUCUACCUCAGCCGAUGCUGCAAUUGAUCAGCAGAUAUGUUGGACACAAAACCUCAUACCAGAUUACAUGGUUUCCUCUACAGACGCAAUUCAAGAGAGGCAAGAAUUGAAUGGUUGGAGCUUAGGAGAAAGCAGCUCUAGAAGCAUUGGGCUGAAUCAAGUCAGUGAAAAUGAUCCAAAACCUGAUCUCCGUUGGUCAUCAUCUCCUAUGGGAGGGUUUCCUGUACUCCAUGGAGAAAGGCUCUACGGGGCCUCCAAUAUUCUUUCACUAAAUAGUAAUAAUGCUGAAGUCAACAUAAAUACCAAUCAUAAUCAUACAACUGGUAAAGGGUUAUUCAUGCAUGGCUCCACUAGUUCUGGCACUUCUCCUCGCAAUCUCAACAUGAAUUCAGCAUUUGAAGUAGACGAUGACACUGAUGAAGAUGAUGAUGACGAAGACGAUGAUGAUGACUGUCUAGUAAUGGAGUGUGUCACUGCUUACAAGUCUGAAGUUCCAGCGAAUGACCGUGUGCCACAUGGAAGCACUAGUUCGUUCCCUUGGUCUGCGGGCUCAUCGGGCUCUGGUGGAUAUUUGGCUCGGGAAAGCGAAGGCCGACCCCACCGCUUAUCAUGCAAGAGAAAAACAAUCGAAGGACACAUUGGUCAAUCUUCUUCUGGAAGUGGGAGUUCAAGUUAUUUUCAUCAGGCCGAAGGCAGUGUUUGGCCUAAUAACACAAAUGUCAGCUCUGAUAUGCCUCGUCCUUCACGAAGCUAUAAUAACAGUGUCAAUUUGCCAGAACCGAUAAACCCACGACUAGGACUGAGCAUAGGAAGUGCUGUUUCUGAAGCCCCUAUAGGUUUAUUAUCUUCUUCCAGAAGUUCAGAAACUUCCCGUAGGAAUUUCCGGUUGAGGAUCAAUAACACUUCAUCCUCACCACACCAUCAAGAACCCAUCCCUCAAAAUCUAUUCCCUAGUGAACCGGACAUUGUAAAUGCAACUUCUAGAAUCCUUAACAACAACAUGUUGAACACACAGUCCGCAUCUUCUGCCACAUACAAUGCGAAUCCUCAAGGUCCAGUGCGGGUCCCAGCACUACGCCCUAAUACACAGGCCCGGUGGAAUAUAGCUUCUAGUUCAAGAAGUGGCAAUCCAGUAUAUCCCGUUGCUGGGGAGAGAGAUUAUAUGUUGUUCGAUGAACCUAGUUCUAGAGGUAUGUCGUCAAGAAACAUGAUGUCACAACCUCAUCCUAUAUUUACACCUGAUAUAGUAAGCGGGAGCCACCAAAGCCCUACAAACUGGGGUUUACCCAAUGUGAAUGUUAAUAAUGUUGGUGGUGGAAAUGUUGCUUCUGGUUCGACUUCUCGGGUUGUGUCUAAUCCAGGAGGAGCCCACUCUGGGUCGCUUCCUCCUUGGGCGGCACCUCCCCCUCCUCACCGGAAUCCUACACAGUAUCCAAGGAGAAUAACUGAAUUUGUUAGGAGAUCUCUUCUGUCAUCAUCAGUUGCCACCGAUUCUGGGAUGAUGACUAGGGUGAAUAAUCCCCCGUCGAUUCCUGGUUCUUCUUCUGCCAAUUUACAGGAAGCAAUAGGUGGACAUUCUGGUAAUAAUCAUGGGCAGCAUCGCUCGUCUAGGUCGUCUGUAAUGUUGGAGAGACAGGUAGGCGCUGUUGCUGGAGCUCCUUAUUCCUGGAGAGGUCUAGCUGCUGCUGGGGAGGGAAGAAGCCGGUUAGUUUCCGAGAUACGCAAUGUUUUAGAUCUUAUGCGCCGGGGAGAAAACUUGCGGAUUGAGGAUGUAAUGAUUCUUGAUCACUCAAUCCUGUUUGGUAUGGCUGAUAUCCAUGAUCGGCACAGGGACAUGCGACUUGAUGUUGAUAAUAUGUCUUAUGAGGAAUUACUGGCACUGGAAGAGAGGAUUGGGAAUGUAUGCACUGGAUUGACUGAAGACACCAUUGUUUGUCGUUUGAAACACCGCAAAUACACAUCCAUGGUAACUGUAGAACCUGUGGAAACAGAACCUUGCUGUAUAUGUCAGGAAGAAUACAAUGAUGGAGACGACCUUGGAACAUUGGAUUGCGGGCAUGAUUUUCAUAAGGGUUGCAUUAACCAAUGGCUUAAACACAAGAACUUGUGCCCCAUUUGUAAAACAACUGGGUUGGCUACCUAAGCCAAGCCCAAGUGGGUCUUUACCAUAAAUCUUUCAUUCUUUCAUUUAGACCAGAAGUGGAUGGACGGACGGAUAGAUCAAAUGUCUUUCCUGUCUUUGGCAAGGUUGCAUCCACUAAGUGGGUGAGAUGGAAGUCUUCGUAGGGAUCUCACUGGAUUGAAGGUGUUUUUAGUGUUUUAUUCCUCAAAGUUCCUCAAAGUUAUUAUCCAGCGAGUGAUCCUGAGAACUGGAAGUAGAGAGCGGAGCAUUGGCUGUUUAGCCAUUCAUAUAGUUGAGAACUUCAACAUGGAACCUGGAAAUUUACCUUUAAACUGUAUCGAAAAAAAGUUUACCAUACCUUAAAUUCUUCAAAUUUGAAUAUUUUAUUUAUUUAUUUUCUCCAUGUUUUUUCGUGGCCUUCAAAUUUUGCACUUAUUUCAUAGAA